ACACUGUAGUAUGAGAAACCUACAGGUCAGAACCCAUGACUUUUCGUCGUCGUGUUUACAUGGGUGUCACUUUUGUGAAAUACGUGUAGAUCCAUCCAAAAACUUCGUGACUUUCGCUCGAGAGCAUGUCAUUUACUCAUAUUUUGUCUAAAGGUUAGGGGAUAGCCGACAGUGGAGGCUUGUUCAAGAUGUUAUGAUUGUUGUCUGUAAUUGAGUAGGAUUCUGAGGUCCUCUACUUGGGCUUGCUUUGUCAAUCUAUCGGAAAAAUGGAUAUCACGGUCUUAUUUAAGGCCUGUGUGAAGACUGUGCGUGUACGCAACAAAGCUCUGGGAAUAACAACAGCAGAUCAGGACAAGAAUAGAAUAUUAACAUAUGCUGCCAAAAAAUCACUGUUUGGAACUAAAUCCAAGGAAAUUGCAACGCAGAUUUCCAGACUGAGGGAUUUUCUACUAGAACACCGGAAAGGUUACUUACAACUUAACAGUUACCUCUCUGAUGGUCCUCAAUUGUCUGAUAUUGAAAGGGACAAAAUUGAUGCUGGAGCUCAAAGAAUUAUGAAAACCUGUUCAGCUUUGAUUCAUGAUUUUAGAAGGCAAACUGCAAUCACCGAUGUGCCAAGCCAACUUAUGGAACAUCAACAAUCUGUGAUAGACCUCUUGGAAUCAUAUUUAAAAAGUGUCUGUCACAUUUACACAGAGCUUCACAUGACACGAAUGAAAAGAAUCAUGGAUUCCCAAAAGAUGUCCCGAUUAGAAGGAGAUGCGAGUUACACAAAUGUAUCAAAAGAAGUGACCGAUAUAAGAUUUAGAAAAAUAUCUGACCAAUCAACUGGUAGUUUUAUAAAGGAAGACUCAUUAUCUGAUGGAAGAUCCAAUGAUGGAGAUGUCAACACUGAAGACAGGCCGGAGAAAAAUUUAGACAAUAGUGCAGCACUUAUUGCAGCGAGAUCAGCCGCACUAGCUGAGCUGGCAGCUCCUUUUGCGAUGGAAGAUGAUCAACUGUCAGCAGAGGAGCUUCAAAUGUUUGAGUCAGAAAAUGCUCAUCUCUACAAUGAGCUAAACAGUUUGUCAGAUGAGGUGCGUCAAAUCGAACGCAAAGUAGUCAAGAUUGCCGAGUUACAGGAAGUUUUCACUGAGAAGGUUCUGCAGCAAGAGCAAGAUGUUGAGCGGAUAUCUAGCAUGGUUGUUGGAGCAACUGAAAAUGUUCGAGAUGCAAAUACCCAAAUCCGCCAAGCUAUUCAACGAAAUGCUGGACUUCGUGUUUAUAUCCUGUUCUUCUUGUUGGUUAUGUCCUUCUCGUUGCUUUUCCUUGAUUGGUACAAUGAUUAACUUCCACCUUGUUGUUUUAUUUGUGUUUGGAGAUAUGGGAAAUGAAUUGUUAAGAUAAAUGUCAAAUGAUUUAUUUAAUGCAGAAUAGAAAGAGUUGACUAGUGAA